GCCUCCGCCGAGGCGAGAGAGGCUCCGUCGACGGCGAAGAAGCACUUUGCGAAGGAACGAUGCCGCCGCUCUCCGGAAGGCGAGCGUAGACGGAGCGCGGCCCGGCGCGCACGGAGUUAAAGGCGCCGCGGCGCGGAGAGGGGAGCCGGCGCGAGCCCGCGAGGCCCCCGCCCCUCGCCCGUCCCCGCGCCACGCGCCCCACGCCGCGGGCUGACGCCGGACCCGCCGCAGGAAGCGGAAGGCGGGCGGCCGAGCGGCCAGGCACUGCCCCGCGCCGCGAUCCGGGUGUGCACGCGCAGCCCGCCGGAGCCCAGCCCGGCGCCCAGCCCGCCACUGCGCCGCCGGCUCCGCGCUCCGCGCUCCGGGUCCCCAGAGCCAGUCCGCGCCGGCAAGCAGCAGGAUGUUCGCGGCGCCGCGCCCCGGGCGCUGAGACCGAGCCCUCGAGACAGCGGCAUUCCUUUCUUUUAGGGCUUUUUGGCUGUUGGCUACACUGAUGUGACGACCCCCACCCCCUUUUUUUUUUUUUUUUUUUUUUUUGGAACGAUGGGGAUCUUUUUGGCGUAUGUUGGAUUUGUUUUCUUUUCCGUUUUAUAUGUACAGCAAGGGCUUUCUUCUCAAGCAAAAUUUACCGAGUUUCCGCGGAAUGUGACUGCAACCGAGGGGCAGAAUGUGGAGAUGUCCUGCGCUUUCCAGAGCGGCUCCGCCUCGGUGUACCUGGAGAUCCAGUGGUGGUUCCUGCGGGGGCCGGAGGACCUGGACCCCGGGGCCGAAGUGGCCGGGGCACAGGCGGAGCUGCUGCCAUACCGGGACCCGGACGGCGACGGGACCAAGAUCAGCACAGUGAAAGUCCAAGGCAAUGACAUCUCUCACAAGCUUCAGAUUUCCAAAGUGAGGAAAAAGGAUGAAGGCGUAUAUGAAUGCAGGGUGACCGACGCCAAUUACGGAGAGCUUCAGGAACACAAAGCCCAGGCCUACCUAAAAGUCAACGCCAACAGCCAUGCUCGGAGGAUGCAGGCCUUCGAGGCCUCGCCCAUGUGGCUGCAGGAUGCGAAGCCUCGCAGGAACGUCUCGGCGGCCGCUCCCGGCAGCAUGCAUGGCUCUGCCAACCAGCAAGUGCUCUCCACUUCCAGCCCUCAAGCGGUAGCCAAAAUCCCCAAACAAAGUCCACAAUCAGCAUCAUCUCACUGACUGCUCGGGGGUUGGCCUGACCGUCAUCGGUAUAGUGAAUGUUUACUACAGAUACCACUGAUUACCUACUAAAAGACCCAUUAUCUGCAGGAAGUAAGCAGAGAUCAAAAGGCUACAGAACAUAAACUAUCAUCAAACAAAACUCCUGUCUGGGGGCAAGAACAAAAUUUUCAACACUGCGAGUCAACAAUGAAAACAUUGUUUUAAAUAAGAAAUAAUAAAAGAGAAUUUUUUUUUUGCAUUUUUCCCCUUUUCUUGGGUUUUUCUCCUUUUUCUUCAUUGUAGUUCUUGUUCAAUAUGGCAAGUGCUGAUUAUGGCCAAUCCCUGUCAAUCCUGGGAGGUUUAUAUAAAAACAUUUUGAGUGUUCUAUAUUUCAGUGCAUUUUAAUUCAUUUUGCAAUUCUUGUAUAUGCAAAUGAUAAAUUCUGUAAAUUGCUUAUAGUAUGUGUGAUAUAACUUCAAAGUAGAUAGACUAUGAGCCUCAUGCAAGCUGAUUUUUAUCAUUCUCUAUAUAAAUAUAUACAAAUAAGUAUCUAUAUGUUGGGUCAUCAACCAACUUUUUUUUGGAUAAAACGUAUGUUUUUCACUUAUUCCUAUAUUGUGGGGAUUUUGUAAUGCAUUGUUUCACUUCCACAGGUUUGACAGUUGCAGAUGGUUUCUGUUGCCCUCUGCUUCCUUCUGGAAAAUGCGUAUUCAAAAUCGUAUCGGUCUCUGAUAAAUGAAUUAAUUUUGCUGUGUGUAUGCUGUGUUGAAAUUUGCUAUGUUCCUUUAUAUGUGGUGUUUAUUGAGGUUUGAGGAUCUUUUGACUCUGAAGAAUGUAAGCUCUCUGGUUUUGACAGCCAUUCCUGUAUCAUCAUCAUCAUUAUUGUCAAAAAGCAGUGUCGCGUCUAGAAAAUUUGCCUUGGAAGUGAAUAUGGGGUAGGUGAAGUGGUCAUCGUGAAUCCCUAAAUUCAUGGAAGAACACUUCUUGCUGUGGCUAAAAAAUGCUGCUUCCUUUGACCUUUAUGAAUUUUUGUAGCUUUGUCAUUCUGUUAUUUGCUGCUAAUUAUAUUUUAAUGUCUCCUAAUUAAAAAUUAGAAUUUGGUUGUUGGCUAAACAUAAUAUGCAAAAGAUGACUGCAGAUCCCCGACUAAAGAAGAUAAUGUGUUCAGUUUUCACUAGUUAAGUGAAUUAUAACUUUAAAUAUUCCAUUCUUAUUUUUGGCUUUAUGAUAAUUCAGACUAUUUUAUUUAGAACCUGUUUUCUACUCUGGCAAAGAAUGAUAGGCAAGACUAGCGAUGUGUUCCAUAUACACUAUGGAGUAGAUAUGGUUGAGAUGGAAAUGACCUAAGUUUUCCUUCCAGAGAGAUUCUUCCAUUUUCUUUCAUAACAAACCAGAAGUUCAUCUCUAUAGGACCGUCAGCACCAAGCCUAAGGUCCUAGACUGAAGCUUGAAGGCAAUGAAUACCUCUGCUUUUCAAAGGUAAAUGCAUUGAUUUUCUGCAAUUCAAUUAUAAGCAAUGUGAUAUUUUCAUAAUAUCCUUGACAUUAUCUUCUGAGAAAUAAUGUUUCAUGCUAAAUAUUUUAUUGACAUUUUUCUUGUUCAUUUGGUUUAUUAUUUCAGUCUAAUGAGAAAAAUAAAUAAAAGAUUUGAUUGCACUAUUUUAUUAACCUAGAAAAA